CACAUUUGAUCACUAGGGGGCGAUAAUGGACUUUGAAUUUCCUCUUCUACCUUGGACCGAACAAUGAAUAAGCGCUGCGUGGCGUUUAUCUUAUCGGAGAGAAAGUCUUCACAAAAUAAUUACAAUAGCUACGUCGUGAAAAAUGUUCAGUUAACACACCUGGUUAAUUGAUAGUCUUCAUAGCAGUUUUUUUUACGUAUUUAUCUCCAAUUCGUUUGAAACUGUUGGGAAAGUUAGCUUAUUGGUAGCGUUUUUAAUGCACUCGAGUAGACGCUUUGAUUUCCCAGCUUUACCGUGAGCCUGAACGUAUCUGAAGAAAAGGAGGCUCAUUAGUUAGCCUGUUAGCAACUGCGCAAGGAUGCAACUGGCUCUAAGUAAAACAUUUGGCCAGAAGCCGGUUAAAUUCCAGCUAGAACAGGAUGGAGACUUUUACAUGGUCGGCUCGGAGGUUGGUAACUAUCUGCGUAUGUUCAGAGGCUCUCUGUAUAAAAGAUAUCCAUCUUUAUGGAGGAGGUUAGCAUCGGUGGAGGAGAGGAAGAAGAUUGUAGCUUCGUCACACGCCACCAGUGUGACUCUGCUGAAGGCGUCUGAAUGUGAAGAGAUCUUUGAGGGCAACGAUGAGAAGUACAAGGCGGUGUCCAUCAGCACCGAGCCACCAGCUUACCUCAGGGAGCAGAAAGCAAAGCGGAGCAGUCAGUGGGUUCCCACGCUGCCCAACAGCUCCCACCACCUCGACGCCGUGCCUUGUUCCACCACCAUCAACCGCAACCGGAUGGGACGCGACAAGAAGAGGACGUUUCCCCUGUGCUUUGAUGAUCACGACCCGGCAGUGAUCCACGAGAACGCAGCGCAGGUGGAGUCGCUGGUUCCCAUUCGACUGGACAUGGAGAUAGACGGACAGAAACUGAGAGAUGCUUUCACGUGGAACAUGAACGAGAAGCUGAUGACGCCAGAGAUGUUUGCAGAGAUCUUAUGUGACGACCUAGACCUGAAUCCUCUCGCCUUCGUCCCCGCCAUCGCCUCAGCCAUCCGUCAGCAAAUCGAGUCGUACCCGACCGACAGCAUCAUGGAGGAGCAGGCGGACCAGAGAGUCAUCAUCAAGCUGAACAUCCACGUGGGGAACAUCUCGUUGGUGGAUCAGUUCGAGUGGGACAUGUCAGAGCGGGAGAAUUCGCCCGAGUCGUUUGCUUUGAAGCUUUGCUCCGAGCUCGGCCUCGGCGGGGAAUUCGUCACCACGAUCGCCUACAGCAUCCGGGGUCAACUCAGCUGGCACCAGAGGACCUACGCCUUCAGUGAGAACCCCCUCCCCACAGUAGAGAUUGCCAUCCGCAACACAGGCGAUGCAGACACGUGGUGCCCCCUGCUGGAGACCCUCACGGAUGCUGAAAUGGAGAAAAAGAUCAGAGACCAGGACAGGAACACGAGGCGUAUGAGACGACUGGCCAACACGGCUCCGUCCUGGUAGAAGAAACAGGAAGCAGCAUCCCGUUAGGUUUCCUCUGGAGACUCCUGUUACUCUGAAAGGAUCAAGUAAACACUCACACACUCAAACAGCUCAUCCUGAAAUCAUGAACGGAGCAUCUGGACGUCCCCAGACACAUGAAUGUCCUCAGCGAUCAAUGACUGAACACACACACACACACACACACACACACACACACACACACACACACACACACACACACACACACACAGGUCAUCAUGUUUCUCUGCAUAUAGCAUGGAGCUAACACCUGUUAGCUGAUGUUUUAAAUUGGAGGUUUUGGUCUGUUACCCAUCAUGCAACAUUCAUCGUGUGUGUCAUGUCAGGACACUCUGCUCGUGGUACACCUGGAGAGAAAGUCUGCCUGUUUCUCUGAGUGCUACUCUCUUAAUAACUGCUAAAUCUGCAGCACAGGUGGUUCAAUGCCGACAUGCUAAACUGUUUGUAUAGAAAGAGGAAAUAAAGGCGCAGCUAUAACUAGAACUAAGGACGUUGGAAGGACGUUUUUCUUACAGAACGCCAGUGUUUCCCCUCAAAGGCCUCGUAUCCACACGCCUCGUAGUCGUCUUUAGCUCCUCCGUCGACCAGAUCCCGAAUCUGUGAAAUAGCAGCUGUUAUCACAAGGACAGAGGAGACAGACCAUGCCUCUUUUUUCCACACACUGAGCGAAUAUUUCCCCAAAAUGCUUCCUGACUCAUUUCAAAUAUGGACGGUGUAAACAUUGUGUGUGUGUCUGGAUUUCAUGCAUUCAUAGACAACACAUCCCGAUCUGUUUUAAAUACGUCCUGUGCUUUGUUCAGACUGCACUCAGAUCAGAUUUGUCUCUAAUAAGACCUUUAAUGCAAAGGAAGAAAAUUACUUGGUAAAGCCUUUGUUUUUAUUUGUAGGAAUUCACAACAGCCCGCGAUUAAAAAAGUAUCUGUGACAUGCCGUCUUUACGUCCAAGUGUUGUCGUCUUCUUAAAAGUUAGCGAACAAGAACGGAGGAGAAAAUGAAGGCGGUUUAAUACAGAAGACAACACCACAGCCAGAAGCCGCCGCCGCCUUACGCAUCUUUCUGGUUCAAAACUUUAACUCUAUCUGGUGUCUCCAAAGUUUCCUUCUCCAGCUUAAAGAUAAACUAUGCACACACGUUGAGUUGUUUAUUUUCCACAGACAUCGUUGACCUGGUGACAUGUGCAUCCUAAACUUUACAUCGUUGAAGCAUCAAAAAUCAUCUGAUGCUCGUAGCUAUCCAGCUGUUCAGACCCGCUGCAGGACUCUUGGUGUUAUCUGUUAUAAACCUCAUACCUAAACCACUGAAGUCUCUUCAAGAGCCUCAAGGAGCGGAGCAUCCUGACCGAGAAUGAGCUGCAGAAAAUUUGAUUUAAAUAGAAUUCAAACUGACUCAGAGUUUGUCUUAAAUCCAAAAAGUAAAGAAUCAUGUUUCAUGCCAGAGUUUGGUUUUUCAGUUUUCUUAAAAAAAAUCAAUUUAAUCAAAUCUGGAGAUAUUGAUAUGUAGUCUGAACAAAGGCGGUGGAGGCAUUUACACCAGCAUUAAGUCACUCAGUAAGAAUUUGGUCGAAGUGUCCGACUCUGAGGGCAAAAGAGCGCUUCUGUUUUUCAUGACCAGAGGGCAGUAGGAAAGCAAAAGUGUCGCAGGUUUUUCUUUAGAGCCGAAACAAGUCGUCGAUCGGUGAAUGGGCGGAAACAAGAAAUCACAUUUUGUUUCAUUUAAAAGAACUGAAAAAAGGUCUAACACUUUCUGCCCCUGCUUUUCAGAUGAGAGGAGUUUAAGCUUUGUGAAGUGAACUUCUGUAAAAAAUCGUUUUAACUGAGCAGACUUUUGAAUGUCACCGUUUACGCUAGGACGAUGAUGUCAUGGUCAAUAUUUCCACAGUGAGCGAUGUAUGUUACAUAUAAUCAACUUAAACUGACCUGAAGGCAUCAAAACGUACCCCAGAAAUCACAGAGAGUAAGAACCAAACAACUGCCAUGAGACGAAUUAGAGAGAUGCAGUAGCGACACAAUAACUCCAACACACGGAGGCUUUAAUGAAUGUAAACGAGCUGAUAUAGAGUAUUCUUCAACGGUUACUUCUUCAUGUUGUGGAGGAUGUUACAGUUUUUAUCACAGCGGUGUGCAUGUCUAAAUAAAUGAUGUUACAGCUCGGACACAACAGCGGCUUAGAUCUGUCAAGUGUUUGCAUCCAAUCAGAGCUAGUUUUGAUGUUAGCAGACGGACUCCGGUGUUCAUGCAUGCUAAGACAUACUGUAGGUAGUUGUUACUGUUCUGUGCAUGAUGGACCGACUCUCCCCGUGUCACCUCAGGCGUGUCAGUGUCGGCAGACUGAGGGCGGAGAGCUGAAGAGAACCAACGGUGUCUUUUAAAGUGACCAUUUUUUCUUAACUUGAACAUACCGGUACUCUGAGAAUGAUGUUAAAGUUUGUUGCUUGUUGUUCUCUUCUUUUGUAAAAUUGCUUCACCUUUAUAGUCGACUUGUUUUUUUUUUUUUUUUUUAUAUGGAAAAUAACAAUAAAGAAAAGUUGAUGGAUGUUUUGAAA